AUGUCUCAACAUGUCUAAGCAACAAUACAAUACUCAUUCCCUAAAGCUUAAAGAUUUAAAAGACUACAUACUCCUUGUUCGACAGACUAUUAUGAACCAAAUUAUUUUCGGAGUACUCGGGCAUCAGGAUUCGGAUAUGGGAGCAAAUUUGAUUUCACAAAAGUCCAAGCCUAUACUGAAAGCUACUAUGAUCCAAAGAGUUCAUUUUCAAAUAACAAAGGUGCAUCCUUUGGACUCAGUAGAAGCAUGGUCAAAAACAGUUCCUAUAUGCAAAAUAACGAUGUUCCAGGUCCAGGAUCAUACCAUUAUAGUCCACACAAAGCUAUUGGCUACUCUAUUGGAUAGAAAUUCGGUGUCUAUUAUCAUACCACAGAAAUACCUGGUCCUGGUGCUUAUGAUCCCAAUAUUCAUAAGAAGAGAAGCAUCUCUAUCAACAAGGGUCCUGAGAGAUUCUCAACAGAAUCAACUUUUUUCCCAGGGCCUGGAGAAUACAAUGCAUAACUUAUACAAACGAAAACAAAGUGUAGAUUUGGUAGCGCCAAAAGAAAGUGCUUUAUUGAUGAUGCUGUUAGAGCAUCCAAAAAGAGUGGAGUCCCUGGACCAGGCAACUAUGCUUCAAUUACCCAGUUUGUACAAUUAGAUAAGCAAAAGAGUAGACCGUCUACUGCAAAACAUUGA